ACCAUUGCGUUUCGUGUUUUUGUUUUUGUUUUUUAUUUGUGGAUAAUCAUCAUCACGAAUCAUCUGCGAGAAAAAAAAUCGUGAGAGUGUAGACUGUCAAGGCCGGCCCGUUUUCUUCAGUGUGUGUGUGUUUUCUUUUUUUUUUCGUGUGUGCCCCGUGAAUUAAAAGUGCGCUCGUUAGUUGUUUGAUAACUUUGAAAAAAAACUACUGGUUUAGUGUCCCCCUGGUGACCUACUGUUUUGCUUUUCUUGAACAACAUUUUUUUCUUUUUUUUCUUUUUUUUUUUUUUUACCUGUUGAUGACGGGCUGCGUGUAAGCCUUGAAAAACAGAAAGAGAAAAUGGAACAAAACGGAGAGGAUGAAACUCUGAAUUCGACAUCAUCAUCAUGAGAUUUGUUGACAAUCUGUUGGUCAAUCAGAUUCGUCCGUUAUUUACUGCACCCACCUACUGCCUUGUCCCUCGCUUAUUCCUCCGCCUACACCCGGCCAGACGAGCCAUGCCACACAAGUGGAGAUCAGCGCCGAUCGCAGAUGGAGCGGUUCAUCGACAGCAACACCAACCUGCACCUCCGCCACCGCCGCAAUGGGCAAACAACGGAUGGCCUCCUCCGCGUGAAGACAAACAGUCCACUUUAUCACGGUACUGGACGAAUGAAAAGACGGCCAAGGAUCAAGGACGGGGAGGUUUGGCCAGCGGCGCUGUUGGUGGGACGAGCGUCGGAGGUGCCCGGCAUCUGCCGUCCAACUACCACCAGUUGAAACGCGUGUGCCGCGACAGGGGAUUGCUCUUUGACGAUCCCGAUUUCCCGUCCACCACCAGAUCGCUCUAUGCCAACAAGAAGCCGGCCAAUUUAGGAGGACCCAUCACCUGGCUCAGACCACACGAUAUUUGCCAGCGGCCAACAUUCAUCGCCAACGGGGCAUCAAGGUUCGAUGUGGAACAAGGCGAACUGGGCGAUCCUUGGUUGCUGGCCGCCAUCUCGUCGCUGACGCUAACGCCGCGUUUCCUCGAUCGAGUCGUCCCGCCCGACCAGACCUUCGACCUCCACUACUGCGGCCUCUUCAGGUUUCGGUUCUGGCACUUUGGCGAUUGGGUGGAAGUGGUCAUCGACGACAAACUGCCCACCGUCCGGGGCAAACUAGUCUACCUACACUCGAGCGAUCCGCAAGAAUUUUGGGCAGCUUUGCUAGAAAAAGCUUACGCCAAGCUGUACGGCAAUUACGAAAACCUUCACGCGGGAUUCACGACCAAAGCCUUACAAGACCUUACCGGCGGCAUUGUACAGAGCUUUUGCCUGUCGCAACAGGACAAAUUCCUGACGUAUCAGGUGCUAAACAGCGCCGUACCUCGCUCGACGCUCCUCAUCGCCAGCAUCAGUUUCGGCGAGAAGGAGGCGUCGUCCGGGAAGCAACCGCGGGCUCUGCGGCUGCGCAAUGGUCUCAUGUCGCAGACGGCGUACAGUGUGACGGGAUUGGCGCGGGUGCGGAGCAGCAGCCGCGGCGAAGUGCCGCUAGUCCGUCUGAGGAACCCUUGGGGUCGCGGAGAAUGGAGCGGCCCGUGGUCGGAGCGCUCUUGGGAGUGGGAUUCACUCUCGGAGCGUGACAAGGAACUCUUGUCCGUCCGCGUCCGUAACGAAGGAGAAUUCUGGAUGUCUUUCGAAGACUUUUCUAAGCAAUUUACGCACCUGGACUUGGUUCAUAUCGGGCCCGAUGAUUGGAUGAACGAGCCAGCGCUUCAUUCGAAGAAACCUUGGCGAGCUGUUUUGGCUAGACGUAGAUGGCGAGCCGGAUAUAACGCCGGAGGAGGGCCGCAUUACCUGGAGACGACGGCCAUGAACCCGCAGUUCUUCGUCCAGAUCCCGCGGACGGCCGCCACCAGUUCCAAGUGCCACGUGGUCGUCUCGGUGACGCAGCACUACGAAACUCGCGACGGGCUUCACCUACUCGGCAAACAAAAGAAAAUGGGCGCCGCCGGUUGCGCUAGUGGCGGUGGAAGCGGUGCCGGUUCGGCUAUCAAUCGGGCCAUGCACGCCAUCGGUUUCGCCGUCUACGAGGUGCCACCCAACGUCAACCGACUCACCGCUCACUUUGUCGCCGAACACAAACCACUGGACGUAACCAAUCAUUCAGUGGCAAGGGAAGUGGUGACGUUCUUCACACUGCCGCCGGGAGACUACGUGGUGGUCCCGCAGACGGGCGUCGCCCACUGCGAGGGGAAAUUCCUGUUGCGCAUCUUCACCGACGAACACAGCAAUAUUUGGGAAGUCAACGAAGAUAACAUGAUCUUCAGGAACGUGGCAGCUGAAGGUUUCGAAGAUGGAUUUAAACAUCCAGAAGUUCGGAGCACUUUCAACAAAUUGGCAAUCAAAUAUCCCACUGAGAUCGACGCCGCCAUUUUGAUGAAAAUCCUAAAACAGUACAACUGCUUUAGAUGGUCGGGCAACAACGCCGAUCUCGUCCGCCCGGUUAGUGUCAGUAGCAACGUCGGCAGUCCCUCGGGUUGUUGCUCCAACGUUCCGUGUUUCAAUUCGCUCAUGGGCUCGGAGAAGCCGCCCAGUCUCGAGUUGUGCAAAAGUCUGAUCAUGCUCAGGGACUUUAACAUUAGUGGAAAAAUCAAUUUAAUUGACGUUCCCGCUCUUCUUCACACACUUCACUUUUGGCGGGUGGCCUUUAGCAAAUACGACCGAGCUCAUGGCGGAAAGACGAGUAGCUACAACUUGAGGCCAAUUUUAUGGGAAUCUGGAUUGACCGUCAGCAACAAAGUACUCGAAUGUCUGGUCCUUCGCUUCGCCAAAAAUCGGGUCCUCACAGCCGAAGCCUUCGUCAUGGCUCUCGUCCGUCUUCAUUUGGCACACGAGCGAUAUCUCAGCAUUGACUCGAAGAUGAAAGGCAGUCCGCUGUCGCUGGAAGAGAUGAUUUUGAUGACCAUUUACUCGUGAAUGACUUACCUUUGGAACCACCGAUUGUUAAACGAGAUCAAGGAUGACCAUAUAGAAACAAAUAACUAAAACGAAAAACAAUGUUAUUUCAAAAAUACCAGUCAAUUUGCCCCGCUCUUGGAAAAAUGUAUGCAGUAAUCCUGUCUUUUGAUCAACGACGUCCCGUUGAAAUGAUUUUCUUCGCCGACUUCCGACUACGCCACCUUCCAUUUUCGCUUCGAGCAACUUGUUGCCGGAUGUCGCGGCCACGUUCAACCGUUUGGCGAUUGCGAAGAAGAAAGAAAAAGUGUAUAAAUAAGUCCAAAAAAAAAAAAAGACACCGAAGGCUAAUACCAAAAAGUAAAAAAUAAUUCAAGUUUUUUUUUUUUGUUUUUUUUUUGUUUUUUCAAAUGAAACAUUUAACUGCACUUAAUCAAGAAUUGUGUAUUUCAAUCAUUGUU